AUGGCGCUGCCGGCCCUCAAUCUCGCCGGAUCCGGCCGCCACCACGCCAAAUCCGCCGGAAAUGGAUCCAUCCCGGCCAUAUCCGCCCGGAUCCGCCCGGGCCUCCUGCCGUACGACGCCUCAUCCAGGAGUACAACAGCUGCCCCAUGGCAGCCAAGAUCCUCCAGAUCCUCUCCACCCAGCCGCCGUCAUUGCAGGAGGCUCACCAAAAAGCUUCCCCAAAUCCUACAAGAGGCUCAGGUUAGACGAGCCGCUGACAAAGACACAUCUCUAUUCUGA